UUUUAUUGCAAUUUUCGCACUAUCAUGCUGAGAGCUGCCGUGUCGACUGUCCUUUGCUCGGGAGCACCUCUGGCGCGGCUCGCUCCGUCUCGUGUCGCUGCGAUGGCCGGCUUGGCUCCGCUCGCUGCAGCAGCAGCAGCAGCAGCAGGUCGUCGUGCGCCGACUCGCGUCGCUGCUGCCGUGGCUGCCGCACCGUUCUCGACGCUGCUGAGCGGACAUGCAGCGCAUCGCAAGGCUCCGUCACCGACAGAGGAGUCGCCCGAGUCGGCGGCCGCCGAGUCGAGCAAGCCUCCACGCGCCUCGGCCAAGGCGUCGCGCGCCUCAAAGGCGACCAAAGCCGCAGAGGAUGUCAGUGCAUCAUCAUCUGAAAGUACUGCUACUUCUGCCACGGCAGAUGCCCCAUCGCCGAAAAAAGCCACGCGCACGCGCAAGGCAAAAGAGACGAGCGCGGCGACUGAGCCCUCUGCCGAGGCACCCAAGGCACGCAGCAGCGCCAGCACUGCGAGCAAGACGUCCGGCGAUGCAUCCACCUCCCUUCCAUCCAACGGCGAGAAUGGCGGCAAGCACGGAAAGGCACCUACUUUUGUCAACGUCUCUGUUGAUACUCACAACAACAUGAUCUCCAUUCAAGCUGGCGGCUCUGAGCAAGUGUUGUUUAGCACGCUGUGGCUUCGUGAUCACUGCAGAUGCAGCGACUGCUACAACUCGCAGACCAACCAGCGGUCGCUGGACACGUACAAACUGCCCCCGAGCCUUCUGCCAGAAAGCAUUCGCGUUGUCGACGGAGCCAAAGUCGUCAUCCAGUGGCCUGCAAUCGACCCUGCUCGUCUGAGCGAAUGGGCAGUCAUUGACAACCCCGGAUCGCUUGUUGACAGCUCUCGCAGACCCGCGGUCAGCUCGUAUCCUGCGCCCGAGCAUGCUGCGCACACCUCCACUUAUGACGUCAACUGGCUGCUCCAAUUCCGACACAACAAUUCCGUGGAGUUGACGCCUCCAGCGUUUCAAGAGUUUCCCAUUCAGCACUGGGGCAGUGAUCUUGUGCAAGAGUCCGUCACUGUUCCGUUCAAGGAGAUUAUGGAGACGGAAGCAGGCUUGUUCAAGUGGAUGGACAACUUGGCAAAGUUCGGCAUCUCGUUCGCUUCCGGUGUGCCACCGACUGAGGCGGCAUCCGAAGCAUUGUGCCUCAAACUCGGCGUGCUGCGCAACACCAACUACAGCUCUGGCAUGUGGACGCUUCAGCCGAACAUGUCCAAGGAAGACACUGCCUACUCCCACGCUGCCCUCAAGGCCCACACGGACAACACGUACUAUACCGAUCCUUGCGGACUGCAAGUACUGCACUGCAUUGGCUUUGAUGGCCAGCUCGGCCACAACAUUUUUGUCGAUGGCUUCAACGCUGCGUCGCAGCUGAUGCUCACCCAUCCGGGCCAUCUCGCCGUGUUGAGCAAAACGCGCGUGCCGUUCCAGUGGGUUGACAAAAACGAGCAGUUCUACGCGGCUGCGCCCAUCAUCACGCUCAACCCGUACACGGGCGAGCCCUUCCAAAUCCGUCAGAACAAUGACGACCGCGCACCUCUGCUUGUGUCCCCGCACGCCCAACGGUCCUUCUACUAUGCGCUGCACGCCUGGUACAGUCUUUUGCGCGACCCGCGACACGAAUUCAAGACCAUCCUGCGUCCCGGGACGCUUGUCGCGUUCGACAACCACCGCGUCCUGCACGGCCGCGAAAGCUUCACUGGCAACCGCACCGUGGUCGGCUGCUACAUUGGGCGCGAUGAGUUCCGUAGCCGCUACCGCUCCUUGCGAGAUGCCAACGCCGCCAAGCCAUCUGGCGCCAAGCAAGCUUGACAGCGCUGCACUCAUUGGUGUGUUGUCGUGGUGUGUCCCCGCCUGUUGCUCUCGAGUUGCAUUUUUCCCUCCACUUUUCUUUCGGCAAUAAUUACUUCAUGUACAAUGCUCUUGUUUGCCUCUUGUUUGUACCCCCCCUCCCACAUCAAUCCGACCCUCAUUGAUUGAUUGAGUGAA